AUGGAAAUUGGGGAACUCCACGUACUCCAGGUUCAUCGCGCCCCCGUGCCCCGCGCCUCCCCCGACAGGCAGCUGGUGUUGUACCUGAUUGCCCUGGGGAGGGUCGUCGAAGAAAUUCAACGUGUCCCCCUGCCGAGACGCACCAGCGGUUGCGGUGGCGGCAAUCGAGAGAAACAGGUCGUAUGCAUAUCUACUGCAGCAGCGGCGGCAUCACGUACUGCGAAGAAAAGAUCAUGGCGGCGAGAACAAAAGAGGCUGCUUCAAAAAAAGUUGCAUGAUUCAUUCACCAACAGGUUACCACACUCGUUGCUGGAGUUUUAGAACAGCCUUGGCACUUGUUUCGUUUUUUCCGCUGAUGGUCC